GUUUAAUGAUCAGUUUUGCUUCAAUUUGGUUAUUUACUAAUGUAAUUUUGGCUCAAGUGGUGAUUUUGUGGUAAUUGGAAUCUGUUUAUAUUUUUCAUUGCUUUGUUUUUGUGGUUUUUGCAUAUGUAAUGUUGAACUGGUGGAUCAGAGAGACUGCAAUAUAUGUGAGAAUAUGUGGUUUAUUCUUUUGCCAUUGGAAGAGAAAUUUGUCUUUAUAAUAGAUUUAUAGAAUAAUAGUUUGAUAUUGAUAAUUACUACUGUGGAGUAAGUAACUUGCUAAUCUGAAGCUCAAAAUGAAAAAUUGAGGGAUUCGAUAUUUAUGUCUCCUUUGCAAGUGUACUGAAACUAUGUAUAUGAAAAAAUAUUAUAGAAUAUGGCUUCUUUGUGAUAAUUGAUGUAUAGGUUCUGAAUGAUUAAGUUGUUCAUUCUUUUCAUAGCUGUAAAAUAUGUUGAAGUGACGAUCACAAAUAACAAUCUUAACCUUUGGCAUAAUGAGAAUAGUCCCCUUUGGAGCUUCGUUCGCUUGGUUAAAUCGGCAAGCAAUAGGGACCAUGAACUGGCUUUAGGACUUGGUGAAGACUCAUGUCAGCUCCUAACGAGGAAAACUUGUCGUCACAUUCCCAGCUCUCAUCUCAUUUCUUCGCGGAUCUCCUUGAUUCCAUUAUAGUCGAUGUAGCAUCAGAGUGUCACAGAGUAGCAAGGUUGGGCCUUGAUUCUAAUUUGGAAGAAGAAGAUGAAGAAUUGAAGUUGUCUGCACAAGCUAGGGUAAGGGUUGCCGAUCCUAGCAAUAGUAAUGAAGCAAAUGGCAAGUAUGUGGUUGACAUAUUCGGACAAAGUCAUCCUUCCGUGGCAAGUGAAAUAUUCGAAUGCAUGAAUUGCGGCCGAUCUAUCAUGGCCGGAAGGUUCGCCCCUCAUUUGGAGAAGUGCAUGGGGAAGGGUAGGAAGGCUCGUCUCAAAGUAACAAGAAGCAGCACGGCCGCUGCCGCGCAGAACAACCGGUACUCCCGAGGCGGUCCUGUUUCUACAUACUCACCAUAUUCAAAUCACUCUAGCAAUAACAGCAUGAACCGGUUGCCAAAUGGAACCUCCAAUUUUGCAGGUGAGGAGCACUCAAAUGGGACAUUCGAGCCGUGACGAAGUGAGUGAGCAUGGAGCAGUGAUGUGGCAAUGGCUGGCAGGCAUGCAUGCAUGGACUCAGGCUUCCAUAUCAGCAGUAUCAUCAUCAUCAUCAUCAUCAACUUGGCUUUGCUGGGACACAGCAUCAUGAUGAUGUAUAUGGAGAAAAGGAAAAAGAAAAUGGUACUUGUAAUUUAUAUUGGAAUUAAGCAAUGACAAUUUUAUGGUAAUAAAACAUGGCUCGUAGUUUAGUAAAUGUAUGGAGAAAUUAAUAGAUUGUGAUGGUUCUGGAUUA